UUUUUUUUUUCAUUGGCUGCUUUCUUCGCGUAUUUCAUGCGUUUUAUGUUUUAUUUGCUCUGCUUAAUCUAAAUAAGUGUCAUUUUCGCUCCGCUUUUAAUGCAUUUUUUUUAGAAAAAAAAAAACCAGGUGAAGUUCUAAUUUGGUAUUCGAUAUGUGCAAAGAAAUCGCCAACAUAUGCUUCAUGAAAUUGUAGCAUCAGCAAUUUAAUACACUUUACCGCUGACUUUAACUGACACUAAAUUUCAGUGCACAAGUACACUUCGAAACGAUCGGUUACUUAUUUCGUUCGCAAUAAAGCAGCAAAAUGAGUUCACAUUUCAUUUACAUGAUUUUUGUCAUUUUGGCUGUGCUUCACGGUGUCUCUUCCGAAAAAUAUCAAUAUAUUGGUAAUUGUCGCUGUGAUAAAAGUGCAAGUCCAGGCAAAUGGGCUCUAAAAUUCAUUUGUAUCGAAAACUAUGCGGAAAAAAACUAUUUUUCAAGUGGUUGGUCUGUGUGCGGAGACCAAAAUGGAUUUUAUAAGUGGUAUAUCGGUUCAAUAAACUUCAAAAACUGUAAAUUCAAGCAAAUCCCAAACAAUACUUUUGAAGUGUACUAUGAUGUGUAUGAUUUGAAUUUAUCAAAUCUUGGCAUAGAAACAUUGCGACCAGAGAAUUUUGCAGGAGCCACAAAUCUGAAAAAUCUGAACGCAUCUGACAACAAACUCACUGAAGUGUCGGCAAAUUUAUUCCACGAUGCAGUUAAUUUAGUAAAAUUGGAAAUUUCAUACAAUCAAAUCGCAUUCAUUGCUCCUGAAGCUUUUUCCACUGCAGAUCACUUAACGUUACUUACCUUGAAUGAAAAUAAAAUUAGUGAAUUGAGUGUCGAACUGUUUCAAAAGUUUCGUGCAUUGAAAAACUUAUAUUUAAGUUCCAAUCGAAUAAGUGUGGUUCCAGCAGAUUUAUUUAGUAAAUGCACAAAUCUUAAAUAUUUAGACUGUUCGAAAAAUCAAAUCAAUUUUUUCGAUUCAAACGCUUUCUCCGAUGGGAACCAUCUGGAAACUUUGUUAUUGUCAUUCAAUAACAUUAGUGAUUUGCCGGUCGAUACAUUUCAAAAACUUGUUGAGUUGAAAACGUUGGACUUAUCGUUUAAUAAUAUUGUUGAAAUUCCGUCGUUUUUGUUCCACAAAAUGGAAAAACUCAUCGAAGUGAAUUUUUCGCACAACAAAAUAUCAAGAAUUGAUUUCUUUGCAUUUUUGGGUGUGCCCAAUUUGGAAAAAGUAAUACUGGCAAACAAUGAACUUAAGUCAUUGGAUCGGCAAAUAUUUGAUGCACAUUCAAGCAUAAAACAUGUUGAUGUUUCAUUUAAUCAGAUUGCGGCUUUAAAAGUUGAUGCCUUGUACUUUCUAGAGAAUUUAUCGUAUUUUAAUAUAUCAAACAAUGCCAUUAAAACAGUGAACAACAAAACAUUUGCGAAAAAUGUUUACCUUGAAACUCUGUCAUUGUCCAACUGCGACUUAUCAGAAAUCAAGGCGGGCACGUUUUCGCCUGUUUUAAAAUCAUUAGAUUUAUCGAGAAAUCAACUAAAAACAUUGGAUGUUCAGAUUGCUAUGGUCCAACCGGAACAGCUGGUAUAUUUAUCCAUCGUCAAAAAUCAGUUGCGAGAGCUUAAUGGAUUCACAGCGUCGAAUAUAAACGAGAAUUUGAAAAUAGCAGGCAUAGACAGCAAUAAUUUCAAUUGUUCGUACUUCCAGAAGUUAUUUGAAACAAUCACACCGCUUCAUUUCGACACGAUAAAAAAUCGAAUCCAUUGCAAUUCGGACAAUGAAGAAACUGUUCAAGAUAAUUCAAGGGAAAGUACAACGACUCCUUCAAAGGAAGUGAUAUUGAAUCCUACCGAAACAACUACGGUUCCAUCGGUAGAAACCACAGCAAAUCAAUUUGAAGCAACCGCAGCUCCAUCAUUUAUUCAAACAGUUGAAAUUGCUACGACUUCGGAAAAUGCUGAAUUGAACCAAAAACAUGUUGAAUCAACAAAAAUAGAAAUUACUACAACAGGCGAAGUGAUCAGAUUACAUGACCCUGAAGCGGCAGAAAACACUCAAGCAAAAAUGAAAGAAGCAGAGGCACUUGAAUUUAAUUUUACAAAACUGACUGAAAGUGAAAAAUUACGAAAUUCGAUUGAUAAUAAUUUGACUGCGUUGCACAAUGACAAAUAUUUGUCAAAGUACGUUGAAAACAACACUAACCGAGAGCAUCAGAUCACAGUCAACAAGAUGCAUCAUAGUUUGAUUUCACUGGAAAAGUAUUUGUUCGUGAUGACAUGUUUGAUGGCACUCGGUUUCACCUUAAUUGUGAUGGCCGUCGCUUGGAAGAUUUUUCAUUCGCGAUUUAUCAAACAAACUGAAGCAACCCAAGUGAUCUACAGGAGAGAUGAGGUCAUCAUACCGAAUGGAGUGGUGAACAACAACUACGAAGUUAUUAAAUUUGACAAGGAGCAACCACCAGUUCAGGCAUUUAAACCACAUCAUGGGGCUGAUUAGAUUUUGAAGCAUUAAUAUUUCAUCAUUCAUGGAUUAUUAACGGCUUAUUCAUCGCCUCAAAAUUUGGAAUUAGUUUUUCAUAAGGAGAACAUUCAAAUAAUUUAAAUGACGUUUAUAGAGAAGAUCCAUCUUAAGAAAAUUCAUUAUUACCAAAAUAAACAAUCAAAAUGAAGGUUAUGCGCAAUAACAAAA